UGAAAUCGAUUCCAAGCAUUCUGGAUCGCACGUCGUGAAAAACCUAGCUGCAGAGCUACAGAACGCUGAGAAUGGCCCUCCUGAAUCAAUGUGAUGGCUCUAGUUGUGGUCUGCAGGUCCAUAUGUCUUCGAAUCCUCGGCAUUGUUCUCUCAAAAUGUUAAUUCACGCUUAAACUUAGCAAAGUUUGUCUAAUCACGAAGCAAUCCAAAGUUGAACUGACUCAAAAGUUAAAAAAUAAAGUUUAAAAUAGGGUAAAUUCAAGUGGUUAAACAAAACUAACACAUUCUACCCACUAAAAAAAAGAAGCAAGUGGUAUUGUCGCAUUAGUGUUUGUUAACACUUUAGUGAACACCACAAAAAAGAAUUAGCCACUUAGGAUCGCUUUAAAAUUAUAAAAUUGAGUGAGACUUCAAAAUAAUCAAGUGGCCCUUAUUUUGUUUUGACUAGUAUAUAUUUAUUUUAAUAUUGUGUUAAAAUUUUUUUUGACAGUUCUUUCAAAAAGAAUAUUUUGUUUUUGUGUUUUACAUUUUACAAUUAUUCACAAAAGCGAUGUUAUCAAGUUGUCGUCACUGUGUUUAAUCAGAAUUUCCAAUUAAAUUUUAGAUUAUUUUGUUAUUUUCACAAUAAAAUCAAACAGAAAAUUUAAAAAAAAAAAACCGUUAUCGGCUGACCGUCAGACCAUCGACCAACCCACUCCCGAUAUUCACUUCCCGGCUAUUCACUUUAUGGCGCUUGAUUUUGACAGACAACUAAUUCAGUGCUGCCACUAUUAAAAAAUAAAAACGCAUAUUCUGACAUAAAAAAAAAAAAUCAAAUUUGCCGUUCCAAAAAUGGAGCACUGGGAAGAUAUGGGUUAAAUGUUGAUUAAUAUUUUUUUUAUUUAUAGAUACAUAUAAUUAAAUAAUUACGAAUAACUAUGCCAUUUUUUCAUUAAAAACUACAAAAAUAUACAUAACAUAACAAAAUUCUGAUAGCCAAGAUAAAGCCGACAUCGUGACAUGGUGUUUUCUCAGGGGUGUGAUUUUUUUUAUUAUUUUUCUAGGAUGACUUUGGACAUGGGUACUUAGAAUAUAAGAUCGAAGACGACCUACGCAUUUUUUUCCCGGCCUUAAGGGAUAUCUAUGUCUAGAAUCUGAGACUGCUCCAACAGAAAUUCUGAAAAAAGUUCAGACUUCGCCAGAACCAUGAACACCUGUCGAAGCUCUUGCUAUGAUAACAGACAGAAAUAAGUCUGUCGAAACAUACAGUGCAAUUCGAUCAGAUCUUAAAAGACGCGGAUUUGAUGCUUACCCCCUGUAUUGGGGCUAAAAAAACUUGUUAUCCUGACCAAGUUCAGGUGUCUGCAAGUGAAGCAUCUGUGCCUCUUUAAAGUUUAAUAAACCACACUGUGCACGACAGCAAUGUACGGUGGCGAGCCGCCCGCGACAUGUAUCAAACCUGAUCGUUCCUGUUAAAAAGCAUGUUUAAACACGAAUAUCAAAGGUGAGCGGCGGCAAUCCUUUGUUCCGCGCCGCCGCUGUCUGGUUUAAACAUGCUCCUGGGCUUGCACGAACUUGUUUGUAACGCAGAACGCCCGCGACGUUGGCCCAGGACAGGAACGAUUUUGUUUGCGCGGCCCGCCUAUAUAAGGACGACUCCUUUCGAGACGUCCUCAGUGUGUCAAUGAACGUCAUUAUGUAAGUGUCGUAAUGAACCUUUUAUGUAACGUUAAAUGUAUCGCCAGAGUGUGUAAUGUCGAUUAAGUAGUCGCGUAAGCCAAUCCACUACGGUGUUAAUAUCAUUUGUAACCUAUGGAAAAUUAAAGUAUUAGGGGGCGUCCAUAAAUUACGUGAGAUAUUUAAGGGGGGGAGGGGGUCGAGUCAAACCUCAUCUAAUCUCACGUUGGAGAGGGAGGGGGGGCCCGGCAAAUAUCACGUAAUUUUUUUUUUAUUGAAACUAAAAAAAUUAUACUAUUUUGGCCCCUUAUCUAGAUUGUACAUGCUUAAGAUUUAAUCUUAAGCGUAAUUGUAAAACGAUCAAGAUCAUUCACUAAUUCGUUCGAAAGAAAAUAAUUUCAUGAACAGUGAACGAACAAUGAACAAUGACAGUAAUACUGUCAAACUACAUUAUUUGUUCUAUACCAAAUAACUCAAUUUAUACUGAAGUUACGGUACAGUGUAGCCUGUCCUUUGUUUUCGCGCCACUGUCAGCCGAACGCGCGACUCGUUGAACGAGAGCGAACGAGCUGAGAGGCAGCGACACACGGACAGGUUCCAACCUGCUUUGUUUAUUCUUGUAAAUGUUUUACUCGUCUCAGUGCAUGCUCUCACUAAUUUAAAAUGAGUUACCAAGAUUUUUAUAACGCCUACGUCAAGAGAUACGUCUAUAAGACGAAGAAGUCCUGCCAGGACGAUGUGAUAAAAUUAUGGAAUACAGCGAAGCAAAAAUUCCCGAAGAAAGAAGAGUUGAUACAUCACAUUCAACAUGAGAUUGACCGGCUUCUCAGGGAAGCCACUGAGAGAAAAGUUCGGUCUACUCUAGCAUUCCUUCAAAAGACUAACACUAAGAUCUCUAACACUUCUUCGACUCAGGCUGGGACAAGCACUGAGAGUGUUCCAAACGUGGAAUGUCCAGGUCAGGUUCAGAUCAACGAUCAUAAUAUUCAACACGUGGAAUCUGCGGUUCAGGAUGAGGUUAAUAACCAGCAGUCAGGAGAUCAAGAUUUGGACGAUUGCCCUCAACCGGCAGGCGCUUCGAAACGAAAAAAUCAGCCUCUUGAGAUCAGCGAUGAUGAGGAUGAAGCUAUGUCGAACACUACACCAUCUAACGUACGUCCCACUCCAGCACAAGAUGCUAUGAAGAAAAAGAUUGCUAAGCUGCAUAUGGAGCUUGACUUAACGGAAAGGCGCAAAGGGUCUCUUAUAGCUGACGGCACUGAAUUUGAUAAAGCGUGUAAUUUACGGCGAGAAAUUGAAACUUGUGAGAAGAAGCUCAAGCUUAAAGAAAAACAGAGAGCGUACUCUUUGACGCACAGAAAAAAUAAAAAACAAAAAAUAAUUGAAUUAUGUUCAAAGAAUCCCGAUGCAGCUAAGUCGUUGACGCCUCGUGCUGGCCCUGGGCGCCCACGUUUAGAAGUAGAACAGUCUGAAUUGCUAAAAACAAUAAGUGAUUUAGCCUUGUUUGGUGCUUCUGCUGAAGAGCGCCGUCGUUGUGAGAUAGUUCGUACGGUCCAUACGCUUUCAGAACUUACAAAUAAACUAAGCGAGCUGGGAUUCAAUAUUUCACGAAGUGCUACUUAUAUUCGACUAUUGCCUAGACGGGCAAAUACACGAGAAGCUAAGCGUCAUGUAGUGACUGUGCCGGUGAAGCUGAGUCGUCCUGAAGCUGACCAUCAUAAAGCACACCAAGACCAAUACUUUGCUGUGGCCUCCAUAAGGUCGCUGGAAACGAUAGCUUCAGUACUUGGUCCUGACUCCGUAACUUUUUUAUCUCAGGAUGACAAAGCCCGCGUUCCCAUUGGCCUGACAGCGGCAAACAAGCAGGCGCCAUUAUUAAUGCACGUUGAAUACAAAGUGUCGUUACCAGAUCACGACUUUGUGAUUGCUUCGGGGCACAAAUUAAUUCCAAGCGUGUAUGCUUUGUGCGAAGUAAAACCUAAUGAGAUGGGACGACCAGAAGCUGUUUCAUAUAGUGGACCAACUUACAUAGCAAUACGAAGUGGCAAGCACUCUUCGUCGACUGCAACUAGCCACGCUCAAGACUUGGACACUCUCUUAACGAUUGAGUCUUUUUCCAAAUUUAUAAAGAAUAAAGACAGCAAAGUUAAACCUGUUCUGAUAAUUUCAAGUGACGGUGGGCCUGACGAGAAUCCGCGAUAUCGCAAAGUGAUCGCACACGCCAUAGAGCAUUUUAAACAAUAUGAUUUGGACGCAGUAUUUAUUGUAACUAAUGCCCCUGGCAGGAGUGCAUUCAACAGAGUAGAGAGACGCAUGGCUCCACUCAGUCGAGAGCUGACAGGCGUUGUUCUCCCCCAUGAUUCUUUUGGGACGCAUCUUGACUCUAGCGGCAGAACAUUAGACGAAAGUCUGGAAAAGGAUAAUUUCCAAAAGGCAGGGGAAAUUUUGGCUGAAAUAUGGUCUGCAGUGUGCAUUGACGGACACGAAGUAGUCGCUAAAUAUAUAGACCCGAAUAAUGAUACUUCCAGCGUUCCAGACCUGCCAGCCGAAGAAUGGUACACUGAGCACGUUAGAGAGAGCCAAUAUUUACUCCAGGUAGUAAAAUGCGAUGAUCAAAUGUGCUGCAGCCCACGCCGGAGUGAUCUGCAUAUGAUUCUUCACGACCGUUUUCUGCCACCUCCAUACCCUAUCACUCAGAUUGAAGGACAUUUGACAAUUCCGGACUUUAAAGAGCAUGACGGAAAGUCAUUUGCUCCAUUUCUAAUACGCCAGUGCGUACCGAUUCAACCCCUGAAUGCCUUCAUCAGUACACCUUAUGAUCUCUAUUGCCCAAGUGUACGUAAUGAUUUAGAGAAAAGAUGCUGCAGUUCAUGCGGUAUUUACUACGCAUCUGUCACAAGAGCUGCAGAGCACAGGCGAGCAGCCCACAUUAUACCAGCUAAGCAAGCACGUAUGUUUUGCAAAGUGCGACCCUCACGGAUUGUCACAAGACGAGCUAAUGAGUUACUGUGCGCAAGCGCCAACGGCUUAGAGUGGCUAGAUCAGAACGAAGUUGAAGGAGCAGAUGAUUUUACUGAAAAUCAUAUGGACAUGUUGAUUCCAAUAAUCUCUCUUAAGACCGCGCAUGAUUCGCCAUGGACUGAAUUAGAGUAGAUAUUCUUGUUUUAACUAGUUACUAGUCUUAACUAGUCGUAAAUAAAAGCACAAAGCAA